AUGGCAUCAUUAAUUUCAACUUCAGCAUCCUUGUGUUCAACUUCAACAAGCACAAAAUCAGCCCUUUACCCUCUCUCCUCCUCUUCUUUAAUUCCUUACCACAAGGCACCCAAAUUCGGUCUCUCUACAUGGAUUCCUCAACUGGGUCUUGGUCCUUUCUCUCAGUGGAACGGUUUAAAGCAUCUGGGUAUCUCAAUUUCUCCAAAAUUCCUUAAUAAAGAGAGGAAAGGAGGGUGUAAGGGUAAGGUGAUUCAUGCAUCUCUGUUUGGUGUUGGAGCUCCUGAGGCUCUGGUUAUUGGUGUGGUGGCUUUGCUAGUUUUCGGUCCCAAAGGUCUUGCUGAGGUUGCACGCAAUCUGGGUAAAACUUUACGUGCAUUUCAACCCACAAUUAAAGAACUCCAGGAGGUGUCAAGGGAAUUCAAGAGCACACUAGAGCGAGAGAUUGGGCUUGAUGAAAUUAAUCAAACACAAAACACAUACAGCUCCAAGAUAAGAAACACUGCUUCAACCCCUUCAUCAGAUGGCAGCACUGGCGAUUCUCCAGCUGUGGCCGACCCCAAUGGUGCUCCAUCCCCAGACAGAGCAUAUACCAGUGAAGAUUACUUGAAAAUCACAGAAGAGCAGCUAAAAGCAUCUGCUGCCGAACAACAGGGGCAGCCACACCCUCCGAUAGAAAGCCAGUUGGAACCCCAAACUGAGACUCAGCCACAAGAUGGUGCUCCAUCCCCAAACAGAGCAUAUACCAGUGAAGAUUACUUGAAAAUCACAGAAGAGCAGCUAAAAGCAUCUGCUGCCGAACAACAGGGGCAGUCACACCCUCCAAUAGAAAGCCAGUUGGAACCCCAAACUGAGACUCAGCCACAAGCUUCUGUCAAAGAAACUGCUGGUGCAAUGCCUCCUCCAGAAAAGCUGGAAAAUGGGGUACAGAACUCAUAG